UGACGUUGGAGGCGCCAUCCCGAUCCUUCGUCUCCGUCCAUGUUGCUGCAGCCAGAUCAGCUCCCGGCGAGUAGUCUGCAAGUCCAACGCUGCUGCCCUUAGUGUGCCCGGCUCCUCCGUCUCCCCCCCGCCAAGGCAUCAAACACAACGGCUAUCCAGUUGGCCUAACACGUCACCGUUCUGCUCAUCUCCCGCGACCCUCCUGAUAUCAAUCUAUCCAGGCACCGGCAAACCCCUCUGUUGGGUAAGACCAUUGUGGGCGCAUACGUUCCGACCGAAUUUAUAUACCUUGGGCGCAAAGAGGGGAAGGGACCCGAUUGCGUUUCCUCUCGCUACUCAUCCCCCUUAACGGCCUUGACUCCUGAUGUAUUGGUGACAAUUUGAUGCGCCUGUGAGAAUUGAGAAGAUCAUACCUCCUCGCCUUAUUGAGUACCAUUAGUAUAAACCUACACAUCCGAGAUCAUCACCAUGUUUCACUCAUCGAAGCCGUAUUCGGCUGUGACGGUCCAGAUCGAGGUCCUCACCAGCGAACAAUACGAGGUGGAGGAUUCCAGUGGAAUCGUGGACCUAAUCGAGGCCGUUCGCAUCCAGGGCAGUGGUCCCACCGAAGCGAGUCGCGCUCUGCGCAAGAAGCUCAAGUAUGGCAACCUUCACCGCCAAUUGAGAGCCCUUACGAUUCUGGACUUUUUGAUCCAGAAUACCGGUGAUCGCUUUCUGCGGGAAUUUGCAGAUGAGCCAUUACUCGAACGUCUACGGAUUGCCGCCACCGACCCGGUUUCUGAUCCGUUGGUGAAAGAGAAGUGCAAACAGCUCUUUGGGCAAUGGGCGGCCUCAUACAAGAACACCCCCGGUAUGGAGCGGGUGACGGCUCUUUACAGACAACUACCGAAGCGCAAGCAACCGGCUGUUCAGGCGAAGGCUAAAGUAUUGCGUGAUUCAGGUACUUCUGACGAACCUGCCAUGGGCCAUACUGUGUCCGUGUCGGCCGGAAAUGGGCCUGCUACUGUUCUCACGGGCUCGAAACACAAGCACACAUCCAGCAAAUCGUCUCUCUCGUCCUUCAGGAAGGACAAGAAGGAGAAGAAGACACUGAGUCGGUCUUUCAACCUCGACAAGGAGAAGCCAGAAAUCUUGCAGACUCUCGCAUCAUCCUCCGUCGCCAGCACAAACCUCCUGAACGCGUUGAAGCUAGUCAACCGCGAAACGCAUCGUGUGAGCGAAGACGCCGAGGUUCUGAACCGGUUCGAGACUUGCAAGACGUUACGGCGACAGAUCCUCCGGUACAUCCAACAUGUGGAGAGCGAGGAAUUUCUGGGCAGUUUGAUCCAUGCAAACGAAGAGCUUGUCACGGCACUUAUGGCAUUCGAGGUCUUAGACAAGAGUGUAGACUACGACAGUGAUAGUGAUCAGGACGUACUAGAGACCGGAUGGACCCCUGAUCGCGACAAUCUCCCCGAGGCAUUCGCAGGGCUGGUCGUCAAUCCCCCGAAACCACCACGCCCCCCUCGUCCCUUGAGCAUAUCCGUACCAUCCUCAUCAUCAAGGAGGGCCUACAGCUCCAGCGAAUCCGACUCCGAAGAGGACGAUGACGAGAACAAUCCCUUUGGGGAUCGCAACGCCAUCCGCACCCCUGGCAUCGAACGACACGAACCCACCUGGAAAGAAGUCUAGAUGGCCAAGACCAGCCUGUCACCACCACACUUUCCACCCCUACCAUCCAUAUAUUACAUAUAACCGAACCAACCAAUCAACCCCAAACCCCGCUUCACUUCUUCGACAAGUAAGACUUACCAUAUCCGCAAGGAUCGCUGAGGUUUUCACGUCACUCUAUAUAUCCCUGCCCUUUCUCGGAUGGGUAUCCGCAUGGCAUGGGCGCACGGGGUAGUUCUUAGAAUGAAAAUUCCAUGUAUGAUUGAUGUAUUACCUACCUACCUACCUACCGGUUCCAAACUCCCACAUACCCCUCUCUAUUCCUACAAUAAGCCUACAUACAAUAUGACAGACAAGAUAACGC